AUGGCUUGGAACAGGUUACAAAGAGCAGCCCUUUCUGAGGCUAAAAAUGAUGAUUUGACACAUCUCCAAGCAGCAGCAUCCAAUGGUCACCUGGAGGUUGUACAGGUUCUCAUUGGCCAAGGAGCAGAUCUAAAUAAGGCUGGUGAUGACGGCAGGACACCUCUCCACGCGGCAUCAUCCAAUGGUCACCUCGAUGUUGUACAGUUUCUCAUUGGCCAAAAAGCAGAUCUAAAUAGGGCUGGUAAUGAUGGCGGCACACCUCUCCAAGCGGCUUCACUCAAAGGUCACCUCGAUGUUGUACAGUUUCUCACUAGCCAAAAGUUUCUCAUUGGCCAAGGAGCAGCUCUAAAUAGGACUGGUAAUGGUGGCAGCACACCUCUCCAUGCGGCAUCAUUCAGUGGUCAGGUCGAAGUUGUACAGUUUCUCAUUGGCCAAGGAGCAGAUCUCAGUAGGGCUGGUAAUGAUGGCAGGACACCUCUCCAAGCGGCAUCAUCAAAUGGUUACCUCAAUGUUGUAGAGUUUCUCACUGACCAAGAAGCAGAUCUAAAUAGGGCUGGUUUUGAUGGGCGCACACCUCUCCACUCGCAGUUAAUUGAUAAAGUUCUCAAGUCCAGAUUUGAAGCGAUUGAUUGUGGUACUCUCCACAACAUCGCCUAG